UAAACAGAGAAGAAGAAAGGAAUGAAGAGAGAAGGUUAAAACAAAACCGUUGGCUCUCAGCUGAGAUUUGACCUCAGAAGGAGAAUCCAGGAGGUGAAGCUAUUUCAGAGAAGAGGAAGUAAAAGAAGGUGGUGUCUGUGUGACAAGAUACCCACUUAACAAUGAAAAAAUUCACACUGUUUGAUUUUGUAAAUGAUAAUUCACUGCAAAUUGGAGAGACUUCAUGGAUACAGGACCUUCCCAGUGAUGACAAUGAACUAGAAAGGCUUCUAAAACCAAACGAGCACGUGCUAGUAAACUGGCCUGUGGGAGAAAGACAGACGGAAAAGCACCUGGUGAAAGUUGUGUACAUGAGUGAUGACCCCCAAGAGCUGGUGGAAAUGAUGCAAAAGAUAUUACGAGCGGAUGAAAUUACAAAAAUACAAGUCCUUGGAAAAGGCAAGAGGAAGAGGAUAGAAAUGAUAUUCUCAGAGAGUGAAGACAGUGACCUAGAUAAAGAUCAGGGGAAGAUGAUGAAGCAUAUAAAAAGAAAGAAAUCAUUACAGGCAUCUGCUCCUGCCAACAUCCUGAGUAAACUUGAAUCAUCUUUAAUUAACAAACAGAGAGAAACAUAUUCAGGAAGCAACUUUCUGUACAGUGAAAGUAGCAGUGAUGAUGAAGAGCCUUUAUUUCAACUAUCCAAGGUAGAGCUGUGUGCCAAAAUAAAAAGCCUCAAGAGGAAGCUGACAGACACCAUGAGAGAAAACUGCCGCCUAAGGCAGUCCCUGGUGAUGCUUCAAGUGUUGCCACAGGCAGUCACCCAUUUUGAGGAACUGGUAGGGAUGGCUGAAGCACUGCUCAAAGGGGGAGUGACAUCAUCCACAUCCAGCCUGCAUUCACAAUGUGUUUGGAAAGCAUCUAACAAUCCGUUAGCAGAUUCGUAUGCAGCUGUGCAUAGUAACUCCAGCUCACCAAUAACUCUGAAUGUGGAAGAUGAGGAGCAACAGACCGAAAAGCAGUUCAAGAUUGAAAAGUGGCAGAUUGCACUUUGUAACAAGAGCAAACCUCAGAAGUUUAUAAAUGAUUUGAUGCAAGCACUUUAUACACAUGAAUACAUGGCUACACACAGCCUGACAGGUGCAAAGUCCUCCUCUUCAAGGGAUAAAGCGGCGAAACCAGCUAUGAAUCAGAAUGAAGUUCAGGAAAUCAUAGGAAUCACGAAACAGUUGUUUCCAAACACAGAUGAUGCUUUAAUUAGGCGAAUGAUGGGACAAAAACUGAACAAUUGCACCAAGAAGCCAAUCUUAAGCAAAGACCUUAACUCAGGUGCUUUUCAGAAGCAUAGCUUUUGUGGUUCAACAGCUGCUCCUCAGGGCAUUAUCUCUUCGGCUGUUCCUCCCAGCACACAAGACCAGCAGGAUGAUGAUUCACCAGCUGCUAAUGCACAAAUUCAGCAAAGUGACAGCCGCCUGGCUCCUCCACCUCCUACCCCUCAAG